AGUGGGGGAGGGGAGCGAAUGUCGCAGCGGCUUUAAGGCUGCCGACGUUUGGGGUGGGGGGAAAAAUAUUGGCCCUAACAUGGCGGCAGCCGUGCAUGAGGCUGCAGAGGCAACGGCGAAGGAGAAGGCAGAGGCCGCCGGUGAGAAGGGAGGCGGGGGAGGCGGAGGGGAUGACAGUGAGGAGGACGAGGAGGAUGUCUUCGAGGUGGAGAAGAUCCUGGACGUGAAGACUGAAGGGGGCAAAAUACUAUACAAAGUGCGAUGGAAAGGAUAUACAUCCGAUGAUGAUACGUGGGAACCCGAGGUUCAUUUAGAAGACUGUAAAGAAGUGCUCCUUGAAUUCCGAAAGAAAAUAGUGGAUACUAAGCCUAAACCUGUUAAAAAAGAGAUACAGAAGCUGCCUUUAAAUGAUGAUUUAUUUGAGGCAGAUUCUGAAGCAGACAGUGACUGGCAAAGUGAUGCAAAAGGAGACCUGUCUCCAAAGAAGAAAAAGAAAAAAUCUAAAGAGAGGGAGGACAAAAACCAAGAUGAGAUAAGAAAGAAAAAAUCCAAAUCAGUAAAAGGCAAAGAGAGGCCUGGGCUAGAACGUGAAAAUUCCUCUGACAGUUUGGCUUCAGAUUCAAAACCAAAGAAAAGGACUUCAGAGGCGAAAGAGGAUGCAAAAGAUUCCAAAAAACAGAGGCGAGACGAUUCAAAAGACAGCAGUAAAAAGAAGGGAGAGUAUAAAGAUAUAAAGAAAAAACAAAAAGAGGAGUCUAAAGAAAAUAAAUACUUUCAAAAGGAUAAAUCCAGUGCGCUGCAGUUAGAUGUUGAACCCAGGACGCCAGAUUAUUCUUUUUAUCAAGGUGUUGAUAAUGAAACUGUGGAUUUUGACUCUGACAGCAGUGAGGAGAAGCAUAAAAUAUAUCCUGGGAAAGUUCAGGCAGAAUGGGAAAGUGUGCCGCGAGUUCAAGCUGUUGAAAAGCAGCUAGACAGUUCAACAAGCACAGACGAUAGUGCUGAAGUGAAGGUGAAGAGAAAGAAGAAGAAGCACAAAAGGGCUGAGGAACAUGAGGAGAGUAGAAAAGUGGACACCAAAGACAAGCACCUGGAGAAGAAAAGCAUGCACAAAAAGCAGAAGCCACCAGAGAAAGCAAAACUGGCUGCUGAGUUAGAGAAUAGGAGGCCUCUUAUGCCUGCCCCAGUGCAAAAAGGCUCAAAACUGUCCAUUGACGAGCGAGGGCGCAAAUCUACAGACUCCGUAGGGGAGGUGAGCAAUCACGUGAAGCAGAAAAACAAAGAAGCAAAAUUGGGCCAGACCCAUGGAAAGGAUGUGCUGCUGCAAAAGUCUGCCAUUUCGGAUGGCAAAGAAAAAAGUAUCAACUGGAGAGCUGAUGAGGAGAAAACGAAAGAGAGGCAUUCUGUAGGGCAGAAUCUGUUUGAAAAAUUUGUCCUGGAGUCUGACUGCAGUAAAGGAGGGAACGCAGGAAGCAAGAAGGGGCUCUCUAAAAAUGAUCUCAGUGCAGAGGACAUCUCAAAGGACAGAAGCAUGUUAUCUAAGGAGAAAGAAGCCAAAAAAAGUGAAGUGAAAGAUAAACUCCAAAAGAGACAUGAUUCUGAAAAGGAAGAAAAGAGCAGAAAAGAACAGAAGGGAUUCAAAAGUUUCAAGGAGAUCAAAAGUGCAUUUGAUGCAUUUAACAUCUCUUCGGAAGAAAAAAACGAAUACGGGGACAAUCGAAAGAAAGAGGACUCUGUACAGGACUAUCGAUCUACAGAGGAACUGAAAUCAAGAGAUAGGUAUAAGGAAAGUAGGAGCACAAGAGAUGAGACAGAUACCUGGGCUUACAUAGCUGCAGAGGGUGACCGUGAUGCCGUCGAGGAUUGUUCAGGUAAGAAAAGCAGUAGUGGGAAGUCUCAAGCUGUGAGUUUGGGGAUGGACAUGCAACUGGAGUGGCUGUCUCUAGAAGAUUUUCAGAAGCACCUUGAUGGAGAAGAUGAGAACCACUUGCAAGUGGAAGCGGUAUCCUCCACUCAGCUGCGUGAUGCUGUUAAAAAUGGACAUUAUGCUACAGUAAAGAUAGCACUUAAUUCCAGCGAAGAAUAUAACCUUGAUCAGGAGGACUCUAGUGGAAUGACUCUUGUGAUGCUCGCUGCUGCAGGAGGUCACGAUGACAUCCUUCGACUUCUCAUCCGGAAAGGAGCUAAAGUGAACUGCAAACAGAAAACUGGAACUACUGCACUGAUUCAUGCAGCAGAAAAGAACAACCUAACAACAGUUGCCAUCCUUUUGGAAGCUGGGGCAUGUGUGAAUUUGCAGCAGAAUAGUGGUGAAACUGCUUUAAUGAAGGCUUGUAAGAGAGGAAAUUAUGAUAUUGUCCGUCUUAUGAUUGAAAGUGGAGCAGACUGCAACAUUUUAUCAAAGCAUCAGAGCAAUGCCCUUCAUUUUGCUAAGCAGUGUAAUAACUUGCUAGUCUAUGAACUCCUAAGGAGUCACUUGGCUACGCUCUCACGAGUAGCAGAAGAGACAAUCAGGGAAUACUUUGAAGCCCGUCUGAGUCUGAUGGAACCCGUGUUUGAUAUUGCGUGUCAUCGGCUUUGUGAAGGACCAGAUUAUUCUUUGGAUUUCACCUAUAAGCCCCCGCAGAAUGUGCCCGAAGGAUCUGGAAUUCUUUUAUUCAUUUUCCACGCAAACUUCUUUGGGAAAGAAGUUGUUGCCCGGCUCUGUGGACCAUGCAGUGUACAAGCGGUGGUUUUGAAUGACAUAUUCCAGCUGCCUGUGUUCUUGGAUAGUCACUUCAUUUACUCCUUCAGCCCUGUUACUGGCACUAACAAACUCUUCAUCCGUUUGGUAGACGCUCCUACUGCCAAGGUAAAGCUGCUCAUAGGUGCAUACAGAGUACAGUUGCAGUGACCUCACAGAACUAAUACUGAUGCAGUUCUUUUAUUGGAGUACUUUCUCAAUUUUUUAAAUUAGUUUGAGUCUGAUAAAGCAGUUUGGAACUCUUGUUGCAUUCAGUACUCCAUUAGUGCUUCAACCUUGGUUUCUUCUUCUUGGACUCCACUUACAUGUGAACCUGCGUGCUAGCUAGCAGAUGUGCUGCUCAAGAAUACUGGGUUGGGGUGGUUUCAUUUUGUAUAGGUAUAGCUGUAUUUGUGCCAAUGACUGUAACUCUAUUUUUAAGCUGUAACAUCCAGACUGCAUAUCUCAGCAUUUCCACAAUGUGGAAUGGUGCAAAGACCUUAAGGCAACCUUUUUUUUAAAAAAGCCAAGAUCUUGGAUUAUUUGUAAAAACUUAAAAUUUUGUUGUAACUACAGUGUUUAUAUUUAAGCUUCUAUUCCCUUCUUCAAGAACUAUACCUGCUGCUAAUGUCAAGAUAACAAGACAGGCAGCGCUUCUGUUUAAUAAAGGACUGUUGCGAGUAAGCGAUUGAGGAAAGGCAAGAUUGGGGGGGGGGUGUUACUUGUGGGUUAGAAAGCAUGAAUUGUUUGGGCAUAAUUGUAAAAAAAGGUUUCUAGUGUUCCUGAUUUAUAGUUAACAGUUACAGGGGAGAAAACAUAGUUUUUGCAAAUACUUUCCGGUUAUUUUUGUAAGACCAUCCACCUUUAUAGAUACAUUCUGAUCCCCUGCAUUCAUGUAACUUCUUCCUGAAAUGUGCACCUGUCGACCUAUACGUAACCCAUUUUUAUUGGCUGACAAGUUCUUUUAAUGGUUCUGUGCUAAUAAAAAUGUAAAACAUCUGCAUGGCUUAUAGAAA